UCAAAAUGGCAGUGCAAGUUGGAAAAUUUAGUUCGGGUUGAUCGUCGUCAACAAAACUUUUCAUCGUAAAAAGGUGAAAAUCAGUGUCGAAAAGUGGUUAAAUAGUGCGUAUUGUGUGCGGAACUGUGUCCGGAAUCCGAAGUUGAUUAUAUUUGAACCGGAACUCCAGGGAUAAACGUAAAACCGAAGCAAGAAAAUCACCGCGUCCCUGGGUGAUUUCUGCUGCUGCUCUGGAAAUCGAACCGAGGCGACAAAUUCGAUUCGCGCACACAGCCAUCAGUCAUCAGAAGAAAAACUGCGAGGACAUUGCAUUCGCAGGUUUUCAAGAGGGUGACAAGUUUUUUUUUAAUUCGUUUGGUGGCCCGUUUUAUUGGAUGGUGGCGUUAACGAGUGGAUUACGCAGACGGAAGUCGUAAAUCGGUUGUUGGGUACCACUGAAUAGAGUCGCUGCUGUGUAUAGUUGUAGAUCGGAUAGCCUGCCGCAAGCACCCGCAGUUGUUCUGCUUCCGGUCCGUGGUAGUGGUAGGCCAGAAGCAAUCAUGGACGACGAAACCGAAUACAACGACGGUGAUAUAGUCUGGGUCAAGCUCAGCUAUUGCUGGUGGCCCGGCGAAGUAAUGGCCGGAGAUCGCCUGACGGAGGAAUUUCUCUCCACGCUGAAGCGCCGGCCGCUGGUUGUUGUCAAGUUUUUCGAUGAGGAUUCAUAUGAAUUUGUCAAAAAUACUAAUUUUAUCUAUAAGUAUAACUGUAAUAGGAAGAAUGAAUUUCUUAGAAAGGGUUUAGAACAAUUUCGGGCAAAGAAUAAACACAUGGAAAAGUUUCCGGCGGACGUAAUGCAUGCCGAGCGUACGACCGGAGGCGACCCGAACAUUGUCAACUCAAACGAUUUUCUGCCGCAAAAGCGCGAAAGCUAUGCGGGCAUCUUUGGAGAUAAAAACAAAGGCAGAGCAUCCGUCGGUGGUAAGAACGCCGCCAAGAAAGUUGUUUCCCCUAGCAAAAUCAUCCCAGUUAUUACGGUAAAGAAGCAUGAGGUAAGAAUUCUUGCACAAGCUUCUUCAUUGACGGGCAUCAGUGUUGGAAGUAGGAGUUUAUCCUCAUCGUUGGGUGCAGCAGCAUCAUCGCUUCCCUCGACACCGAGACCAGCCACCGGUCUGAGCUCAUCGGGAGUUUCAAUCAAUAGUAGCAGCAGCAGUUCACCGGCUCAGAUCUAUCACUGUUACAAGUGUGGAUUCGAAAGUAGCCGCCAGAAUGUCAUCAUGGUUCAUACGAAGUAUUGUCGUGCUGUACCGAUGAACAUACCAUCGGUGAAAGUGGUGAAACCUGCCAAACCGAUCGCAGCCACCACGGAGAAAACCGAACAAGAUGUGACGUUGAAGGAGUCCCCUCCGACUCCGAAUAAAGUAGAAGAUCAAACUCCUCCUAAGACGGAAAUCGAGGAAAAGAUCGAGACAAUCGCCGAAGGGGAAGAGCUGGUGGAGGUGAUUCAAGUAUUGGAACAGAAACCUACACGUGGUCAUGCAAGUCGUACGCCAAGGGCCGCCGUACCAAUGGUUAAGGCUACUCCCAAAACGGAUCGACGAAGGAACCGGGGAAGAGCCCGGGAAACUCCGACACUGGUUGAGGACGAAAGUGACGAGAAAGUGGAAGUUUUGAUGGAAGUGACGGAAGAGAAGGAGGAACACGUAAAAGAGAAAAAGGAGGAAACAGUGAAGGUGGAAGCGGUGGCGGAGCUGGAGGUUGAAACUAAAACGGUCGAGGAUUCGAUUGAGAAAGAUGACAAGGACUCCAAGGUAAAGGUGGAACUAAAGAAUGAACUGUUGGCUGACUGGAGUGAAGAUGAGCAAGACGAUCAAGAUGAUCAGGAGGAUUCGGUUAAGGAAGAUGAGAAUGUAAAAAACGAAGAGCCGGAUAGAACGGAGACGACGGAGAAUACUACAGUAACUACGGCAAGUUCGCUGGAGACAAGUUUAGACAAGUCCGCAGAAUGUUCACCGCAGUUGGCUUCUCCGGUCUCAUCUGCGACAACAAUCAAGUACCGGAAUAUUCCUAAGAAACAGAAACGUGAGUUCAUUGAAGUGACAAACGAUCAACCGGUAGUGUCGGUCGCAAGUACAAUAGAGAAGUCGUCCAGUGAGAGCAGUAUCUCUACAACGGCAGCGACGUGCGGUGGAGAUACUCCGACGACUACAUCGGACAAAACUCAAAUUUCAAUUGACAGUCUCACAGAGCGACCCAUCAGUGCAAAACAACGUAUUCUUGAUCGGGCGACGCGUGGAUCAAGCAAGUCCGUCAGCAGUGACGAGGCGAAGCAAGAGUCGCUGAUGAAAGUUGUAACGCUAGAAUCUCAGCUGACAGCGGACGAAGACUUUAAGAAAGAAACUUCCUGUUUCGAUUUCCAAGAGGACGAAGAAGAAGAGGUGGUCUUGAACAAAUCUCCGCGAAGGUCGCUUUCAAAUAGGCGGGACACAUCUUUGGAAUUGAACUCCACCGUUCCGGAUCCGGUAAAAGAUCAAGAAGAGCAAGAGCGAGCAAAAAAAGAUGCUGAACUUAAGACGGAAAUCGAAUCGCUUCUGUGCGAAACUAGUAUACCGAGCUGCCCGGAGCUUCCUAAGAUUACAAAAGCACUAUCACCUGUACCGUCAUCGUCUUCUGCGGUAGAAACGCCACCACAGUUGAAGGAAGAAAUCGACCGGAACAGGACUCUUCCGCCGAAGGAACGUGGUAAGCGAAUUUUCAAGACGCGUAACAAAAUCAUCGAGAACGAAGCGAUUGCCUUGGAGCAAUCAAAAGCAAUUGUGAUGGAUUUUGUCAAAAAGUCUCACGAAGAGGAACUGGCCGAACUUCUGGAGCAGCAACGAGCUGAGGCGAAACUGAGUUCCGAAUCACCAACAACAACCAAUGACGAUUCUCAGGAAUCGAUCCUUUCAAACGAACCAGCGCGAUUUGAGAAUUCCGAAUUUGCUGCGAUCAAAUCAAAGCGAACGAAAAUUUCUCAUACGGAAAAUGUCCUUAACGUGAGUGACAAAACGGACAUCGCACAGGAACCAUCGGUUAGCUCCACCAAUGAGACAAAAGCUACGGAAACGGAGUCUCUUCCAGUGUCGAUCAGCAAGGAUCAACUGGCUUUGGACUCGCUGGCUUCAGCUGCCACUCCGAAAGGACGCAAAGGAAGACAGAGAAAAUCUGCUACGCCAGUAGUUGAAAAACCCACUGAAGAAGUGCCCGAGGUGGAGCAAAAACAAGAACCACGCGUUGAAGAUGCAACUCCCAAGGCCAGAAAGAAGAGAGGUGGCGAGCUUCAGAAUUUGGAUCUUAAGGCUUUGGAUACGCCUCGAUCGCGACGAGGCAGAAGCGUCAAGGCCGAGGAGCCUGCUGUAGUUCAGGAAGAACCUGCAAAAGUGGUUGAAGAACCAGUCGUUGCAACGACUUCCUCCGAAAGGCAUCGUAAAUCUAAGCGAGCGAAGAAAGAGGAAGAGCUGGAAAAGGAGCAACCCUCUUCGAAAGGGGAAACAGUCAAUAAACAGCAUGUCAUGGAAGUUCCUACUCCUGUUGUUGAGGAACCGAAAGAAGAACUGAAGGUGCCCAAAUUGAAACGUUCCAAGCAACUGCAGCAACGAUCGGCAGAUUCGACGGCUGAAAUAGUUCCGGAAAUUCUUGAUGAACCCAGUGUUCCUACAACCGAAAACGAUGAACCUGCGACCCCAGUGGAACCGGCACCAGAACCGUCACCUCCCGUGAAGCAACAGCCCAUCAAAAUGAUCAUCAAAUCAAAGGGUAGGAAAUCCAACUCGGAACUUCUCUAUGAACCUACUGUUGUAUCUCCAGAACCGAAGGAAGAUGAAGUGAAAGAGAAACUGCCCAAGUCGCCGAAAAGUUCCAAGAGGAAAAAGACUCCAGUAGAAGAACCAGUUGAACCAUUGGUCGUAGACACACCACCAGAGGACGCUACUCUUGUGCAGAGUACUUCGAUAAAAUCGCUGAAGAGCAAACGAUCCAAGCUUAGGACCGAGCCACCCAAAGCAAGUGACAAAAUUCCCGAAGAAACGCCGUCGAGCAAUCUCGUUUCUACUGAUCCAAGUGCAACGGAUCUUCAAAUUGCAGAAGCUCUCAUCCAUCUACCAGAUGUGACUCCUCCGAAACCCGUCGUCGUCGAGGAUCAGGAAAUGAUAGAAAUCAAACCCAACAGCAGUUCACCUAUUCCCACGACAACAGUGGCCACCGCAAAGACCAUCAAUCCCAGGAAGCGACAUUUGCAGACAUUGAUGAGCAGUCCUGAACUGGUGGAACAGCCACAACAACCGAACAUGUUUGAAACCGUAACCAUUCCAGAGAAGAAAAUACGUGAAACUGUAGAGGUUGUAAGUGACGCUCCUGUGAGCAUUGUACUCGAUGAGCCAGCCGUAACCGAAGCAGCCAACAUUGCCCAGGUCGAUGAGGAUAAGUUCGACAUCGACAACAUCCCCAUUGUCAUGGAUGACAGUGAACUGAUUGACGAUUCCACCAUCUCGACCACGACCACGAGUAAUCAAAAAUCAACCGAAGAGACUGUCCAACCAAUUCCGUCGGCUAAACCCAUGACGAAGAAGCUUGUGAUCGUGAAAAACAGCAAUGGAUCUUCUAAAAUAGUCGGUUCAAAAGAAUCGCCACCCCGUGAGAUUACAUCACCUGUUUCGAAGAAGAAUCUGGGCAUUAAAUCUACCACUAUUACCAUUAAACCUCCAGCCGAUCAACUUUCACCGAAGGCGACCCGAUCACCAGCUCAUUCUCCUCCGAUUCGAGGUGCACAGCUGGUCCAGUCCAGUAGCGGCGGACAAAUCGUCAUUACCAGCAAAGGAACUGUCCUCACAACUCAAUCCCCAGCCACUUCUUCGGCCAGGUCCAGCCGAACAGGAGGUCCCAAAACCCACGUAACCCCUGCAAAAGUUGGAAGCAUCGUCUCAUCGGUGAGCAGCGUUGGCACGAUUAGCAGUUCCACUUCCAAAUCACCUCCGACACCCUCUGCGCCCACCAGUCAUCGAAGUUCGAGCGAAACACCCAUCAAAUCCUCUAUCAAGAUAUGCGUGCAAUCCCAGGAAAUAAUUCAUUCUCCCUCAAAAGCGCGAUCAAAAGCUGUGGACUCAGCUACCAGCCAGAAAAAGACGCCCUCCAGCAGCACAUUUCCGCCAAAGAAGGUUCUAAUGAAGAAGCACUCUGAUGCUAGUACGUCCAGUAGCGGAAAACCACUGUUUUCCACAUCCAAGGGGGCUCCCAUUAAACCUCAACCCGCCACUUCAUCGGCGGUAAGCCCCGGUAAGAAACCUCACAAGGUAAUCAAAAUCUCACCACAGAAGCUCAAGGAGUUCACUCGGUUAGGGAUGGUCGAAGACAAAGGCCAAGGUAAAGUACUCACCGCCAGUGGUAUGAAGAAGUUCCGGCAAGAGCAGAACCAGCUGCAACAGCAAAAACCGCUCCCUGAAGAACCGAAGAAAACGCCUCGAGCGGAUUCAGUUGACGAAGAACCUUCAACGUCAACUCCGACGCCUCCACCACCAACCGAAGCCCCGGCUGAAGUUGUAGUGGCAGCAGCGGCUGAUUCUUCCGUCAAAGAAAUUCCAGCAGCUCCAAUGGAAGUGGAAGAACUCACGGAUAUAGCGCUAGCUGCUUCGUCUUCAGAGUCUCUAGAGAGGCCAUCGUCUCCAGCAGAGGUAGUAGAAACUGUUCCGACAGAACCGUCAUCUACGGAAGAAAACGAAGCAGAUGCCGCUAUCAAAGAGCCAGAAGCGGAGAGUAGCAGGCCUGUUGAAAAAGAGGCAUCGACAACACCAGUGGAUGAACCUUCCGAGUCCGCUCCGGUCCCAGUGUCAGCAGAAGUAACCACCGAAGCAACUGAAUCCGGUUCUAACGUGCAGGAAUCGUCUCAGCUGAUUGCCGUUCCUGCGGAAAACUUUGGUGGCCCGUCGAAUCUUUUCUAUCUUUGCUCGGUCCGAGAAGAGGGAUUCGUUCCCGUCAACAACGAACUGCUCUAUCUGGAUUCGUCAAACCAGUUGGUAGCCCUUCCGGAGCAUGCUUCCGUGGAGGACAUUGUAAAUCAAGCGGAGGUGCUGGAAAUCCCAGCUGGCAGUGAGCAAGCUACGGUGGUUACAGCAACCGCCACCGUCGACGGAGAAGGCAGCAUCGAAGCUGGUCAGCAGAAUAUCCUAUUGAAUACUCAGGAUGGUCAGCAGAUCAUUCUGGACCAGCAGAGUCUAAUGGCGCUGGCAGCAGGAGGCGACACGUCCCAAUUACUUACCCCCGAUGGACAGCAAAUUUUACUGCAGGGUUCGGCGCAAGAGCUGCUGGCAGCACUUGCCGUAAGUCAACCAGGCCUUGGAAUUGUUGCUGCCGAGGGAACCCAGAUCAUUGUGGCAUCAGAAUCGUUGAUCGAUCUGCAAGAUCCACCCCUACCGGGAGAAAUCAUCCAGGUGAAUCCGAAUACGACCGUCGAAACGAAUGCCGUUCUCACGAAACCACCGAUCAUGUCAGCCGUGGAAGUCCCCACCAAAAACGGAAACGGAGCCGAAGCGUCCGCCAACUUUCCCGAGCAGAGAGCAAUGGAGCCCGCUUCUUCGAAUCUCGACGAAAGUCUUGCUGCCGUCAUUGGCGUUCCGGGUAAUCCGAAUGUGCCCACGUCGUUGGAGUUGCCAAUUACCGUUACGAAUCCGGUCAUUGCCAAAACGACCACCUGUAAGAUCAAUCCAAUCUAUCCAUCUACGACUUCGAUUUCCGCCAUGGCUCUCGAUCCAGAACUGGCGGCGGUAGCUGCCGGGACUGUCCUCGGCCUUCCAACGGUAGCACAAACAGACUCUCUUACGGCCAUCAAGUCCAUCUGGGAUUGAAUAUUUUAUUCGGAAGCGCAGCCGUACGAAAAUCGAUAAAAAUAUAAGAUUAUUUUGCGCAUGUUGAUAACUUGGUGGCAGCACUGUCGCUAAACUGCUCGAAUCGACGACUGAUCAAACGAAAUAAUAAUUAAAAAAAACAUGAUAGAGUUCAUUUUUGGUUUUUCUCAAUGCCAAAUUCAAAUGCUUACUAUCACGGACUCAGCGCCAUCUCUUAACAGGAAGUUGUUUUAAAAACUAUUCUAUUCUCAACACUCGAUCGAUUGUCCCAUUUGAGAGUGUACGCACAUAGCUGCCACAUAAUUAUACAACAAUAGAAGCCAAUUGUACAUAAUACAAUUAGAUUGCAUAUAUUAUAAUAACUCUUACUGAUAGAGAUUGCUUGUUAGUUGAUAUUACAAUAAUUAUCACGAUACUAUUAUAUUGCCGUUAUACGCACAACUGUUCCACGGUGCUUAAGGAUGGCAUAGAACAUGGGACAGUUAUGCGUAAAACGGUACCUUCAUUUUGUUAUAGCAAUUUUACGACGCUUUCCCUCUUUCGUUUCGUUAAUGUGCGUGUGAGUGAUUUAGUCACUUUCUCUAAUUUAGACUCAGAUGUUUUACUUGUUUGAAUAGGAUUUUAAUUUAAUUCACCAUUGUGCGAUUACCGAUCUAUUUUUAUGAAUCACAAACAUAUUUAUAAUAAAUAGUUUUACACCGGGAGAAAACGAAUCGGAAAGCGACAAGUGAGAAUUUUGUGAAAGUAAUGACGCACGAAUGGUUCUAAGUCUACUGUGAGAUUUGCAGCGACGGAUUGUGAAUUAAUUGCUUUAGAUUUUAAACAUUGAUGAAAUUAACUUAGUUAAACAGCAAAGGUGACUCCCCUUGUAUCAUAAGUUUAUAUGCCGUACAAACAGGGCAAAAAGGGAUUAUAAAUCUCCUGUAGAACAUUUCUAUUGAGUGUGUAUUUCUUGCUCUGCAUUCUACCCUGCGCCUCCCUUGGGUAUGACAGGAUUUGAAUGCUACUAUUAUGCAAAGCUUUGCCACACAUUCUAAAACUGCUUUCUUGCUUCUGUCAUCAAGUAUAGUUGCGCACUUCCCCAACAUAAUAUAGGAACAGGAACUCUAUUCCGACAACUUUUACUAUUAUAGGCUAGUGUGUUAUAGAUCUUAGCGAGUUUAAAAGGCAUGUUCUUGUCUGAACAAAAUUGUAAAAAAUAUUAAUCGUGGCAUGAAGAACGUUCAUGGCGGAUGAGAAGCAAAAAAAUUGACCGAGAAAGGAACGCAAUUCAGAGUGAUGACUGUUGGUGGUUUUUACUAAAACCUCCUCAGUAAUAAUACGGUUGAUGAUGGAAAUGGAAAGUCGUUUGAAAAUAACUCUUUUCUUGUCUAUUGUGUAUGGAUAAUAAUUAUUCAAUACAUCCUACACACAAUUACUGAUUAUGUAUUUUAAGCGUACUAAUAGUGAUUACUAUUGUAAGUAAUAAAUGUUUAGCGAAUAUAAUGAAUCAAAACCAAA